UUCUACAUGACCUCAACAUUGUUACUGUUCGUAAUCAAUAUGGCGACGAAGUAGGGGUUGUUAGACUAGUACUAGAGUUCAUUAAUUAUUAGAAUCUAUCAUUUUGGAAUAUAAGAUUCUUUUUUCAAGAACCGAAUAUUUUGUGGAUUACUCAAUAUCAGAGAUGAGAGAGAAAAGAAUGGAUUCCAAGUUUCACAAAAGAAUGAAAAGACGACUUUACUAUGGAGAAAUGUCAGACUUAAGUAAACCAUCUCUUCCACUAACAGAACUUGCAGUGGGAUAUUUCCAUGACAGUGCAUCACAAAAACUUGGCCAUAUUGAUAUAGAUACUGCCUCGAAUGUCAUCAAGUCUAACAGAGUCUCCCCCUGUUCAGUGGUGCUCUCCAUGUUGUAUGCCAAGAGACUAAGACAGAGAAAUAAAGAGUAUCUGAGUACAGUUUCAUCUUCUGAUAUCUUUUUUAUCUCUAUGAUGAUGGCUAGCAAAUACUUGUACGAUGAAGGCGUUGAUGAGGAAGUAUUCAAUGAUGAAUGGGCCGAUAACACUGAUCAGGAUGUGGAUGAUGUAAACAAAAUGGAAGUCGAUUUCUUGCAAGCAAUGGACUGGAAGCUCUUUGUUAGGCCUGAUGAGUUUGAAGAUACCUUGGUUUCCAUUGAAAGAAGGCUAGCGUUACAAGAGGGACUGAAACGGAACUGGUUUACUUAUGCGGAACUUGAUGUGCUACUGAACUCUGACUUUCUGGGGACAAUGUGGAUGCAGGUUGGAGUAGAAUGUACCAAGCUGAUGAGCGCCAUUUCUGCGGUGUACUUGACCAGCAUCCUCAGCAUGCUUGGAUCUACUGCUCUGGCUGUACAAGUCUCUGCACCACUAUCCUCAGCUGCUGUUGCAUUCUUCACCCUCCAGACCGCCCCUCAGACUGCCAUCUUCUCCCAUGGGUUAUCUCCCUUGGGUUUGGCGCCUUCUCCGCCUCCUUAUGAUUUCACCUCCUCAAACAUGGCCCUACACCCCAACGAAUCUGGCUUUGAAAACUUUGAUAGUAAGGAAGAAAAGAAUUCUACUCAAGAUUUUGGUGGAGGAGAUACAAUUCCUAUAGAGAGCUUAAUGUCUGAGAUAUCUAGAAACGAAGAUUGUGAAACACAACAGGUUAAUUAUUCGUUGAACGCUGAAGAUCCUGAGAACAGACCUGCUUCAGCUUCCCUGUGGUCGAUCCUGUUUCUUGAUUCUCUGCUUUCACAACUGUGGGCGGUGGCAAGCCUCAAACCAAAGCUGAUGAGCAUGCUUGGAGUUUCUUUUUCGCACAAGCCUGAACAAGCAGUGUCAACGAUUGGGAGCCGUGGAUGUCGUGGUCAUGGGUCUAGUAAUCCUAGGAAACGUGCUAGGAGAAACCCUGGUAUCUGUGACCCCCUUGGUGGGAGUCAUCACUCCACACAAUCACAGUCUUCUGUUUUACCAUGUGCACCUGAUGGGUCUCAGUCUUCAACACAGGAUGAUUCUACAGAUUUUUGCACCUGCAUGUGUUUCACCAGUGACGCCAACCCAUCUCUUAGUCACCUAGAGAAGCUGAUCCUUGAAAAGUUCAAUCAUCGACAGUGCCGUAAUUCUCCCCCAACUACGUACGGUCCUGGAAAUCCGUUGCUGAAAACUGGUCCUAAUUCCUUCUGUGGUGUUUCCACUUGUAGGAAUAAACGAACCAUGAACCCAGAAGCACAACACCAAGAUUCCUCUCAACCAACCCCAGUGCUUGUUACAAGUCAUCAUGCAUCAAGGUACUCCAAGAUGCUGCCAGAAGUGAGGAAAGAACAGCUGAAAGUUCCUGUAGGGUUUUACACAGGGAUCUUUCAAGCUGUGCAAGUGACUUAACAUCCAAGCUUCAGGGUUUUUUCUUAAAGGAGGUAUUAGAAAAAUAUAACGCAUUUCUUGUUUUUUGGUGGUAAGCCAAUCCUUAUCCUGGUAUUUUUCUUUUGUCAUCUCUAUAAUGUGUUCAAAAAUUGUUUUUUAGGUUGCGAUAGGAAUUUUUAAAAUGUAUUUUAAAUUAUUAGUAAAUUUAAAAAUGUUUUACAAAUAGAGGCAUUAUUAGGCCAAAUAAAAUGUUAAUCUUACGCAUGAAAAUGUAAUUUGUUAUACAAGUUUACAAAAAUAAACUUAUUUUAAAAGUUGAACACAAAGCAAAUGUAAAAGAUUCCCUUAGCUGUAACAUGGGAUUGGCGUAACCAAAGAACACUGCUGUUAUUUUGAUGAAUAUCUCUCUUUAUGUGUGUAGGGUAAACAUGGUACCUCUUAAUGUCUUGCUUGCCAACCAAUAUACACUGCUGAGUCAUCAAGUUUUAUACACUGGAAUACCAAAUCUAUUUCAUUUAAAGCAUCAUUAUUAUAAGGUGGUCAGAGGUUUAUUUUUAAAUAGUACAUUUAACGCAUUAUUCAAGUCUGCCUUAAAAUUUUAUAUUAUUCAAAGAUCUUUAACAUUUAAUCAGACUGUUAUCUUUAUUAUUAACUAAUAUCCCAAUUAAAUAUGCCAAAACUGUUUUUAUUCUAAAUCAUAGAUAUUUUAUUCUAAAAUAAUCAAAAUAAAAGCUCAUUCUAAAUGAGUAUAAAUAUAAUUAUAAGCUCAAGAAAUAUAUAUUAAAUAAAAACUAUGAAAUAUAUGUCCAAAAAUAUAUUACUUCUUUAUACUAUAAAACCAACACUUCCAGCUUCAUGCUCUGUAUAUGUCAAUAUAACAGCAUUCAGCAUAUGUAUACAAAACAAAUUGUGUUACCUUUAAAAGCUCAUUUGACAUUAUAUAUCUACUAAUUAAAAUAAAUACACAUUAUAGUUUUAUAGAUAAACUCCUCUUCAUUAGCAUCCUUUUUCUGCUUAUUUACCAAAAUAAUAUGCUUUUAAAAAAUUUCCAUUGACUUUAAUUUCUUUGAUUUAAAAAUCUUUCUCCCAAGUCGUAGUCCGAUACAUAUUUAUUUUAAAAUCUUGGUACUUUCAAUGUAGUUUGGUUUACUCCUAUACGUGGAUUGGUUUUGGCUUAACUUCAAAUCUUGUUUGUCUAAAUAAAUAAGGUUUAACGCAUCA